AUGAAGUACGCCAUCAUCUUCGCUGCCACCGCCGCAGCCCACCAGGCCUACGGCGGAUAUGGUGCCGAUGCUCACUCCAGCGUCGAGCCAAGCACAACCGCAACCCCCGUCGGUUACACCACCGUUGUUCCCGGCUAUGGCAAGCAGCCUGUCACCGUGACCACCCAGAACCAGGCGUACCCCACUUGUGUGACUCCUGCUUAUGGCGAGAAGGACUGUGCCAAGUGGGGAGAGGACACCUACGUCUCCACUGUCAUCAAGGACUACGACAACAACUACGCUACCGUCACCAACACUGAGCAGCCAGUCGUUGUCUACCACACCAAGACGACCAUCACUCACUCUGCUACUGGAACUGGUGGCUAUGCCGCCCCCACUGGCACCGCCUCCAAGAACGGCACUGCUGGCUGCUGGUACGAGCUCUAUGAGAAGAUUGAGGAGGUUCCAUACAAGAACCUUGGCCCCAAGGCUCUUCCCGGAUACGGUGGCUCUGGUCUCUACACCAAGGGUGACAAGGAGCAGCCCGUUCACGUCAAGGAGUACAAGGGCGGAAAGUGGUCCGAGUACGAUCACGUCUACUCCUAUGGCGAGCCCAAGCCAGAGGUCAAGGUUUACGAGAAGCCUGGUGUCUACGUCGUCCCCAGCAAGGACAUGGUAGUUGACCACCCUGUCGACCACCCUGCUGAAGCUACUACCACUGCCAAGGCUGGUGAGACCUGCACCUACGGUGGACAGUCCGUCACUGCCACUCAGACUGGCUACAUCACCGCCCCCUACGCUGGCUACAAGACCAAGGUUGAGGGUGGCAAGACCAUGACCGAGACUGUCAUCGAGUACACCACCAUCUACGCCUCGACCACCGGUACCUACGAGGUCACCAAGCCCACCACCACCGUCUACGACCACGACACUGAGGUCACCUACCCCACUGCCCAGCACUACGAUGCUGGUGUCUACCACCAGCCAGCCCAGACUGUCACCAUCACCUCUGCUGGCCAGGCUUACACUUGCGAGUAUGAGAAGACCAAGGCUACUCCAUCCCCCAUGGUCCCUGGACACGGCAAGACCUACGGUGGAAGCAACUACGGCUCUUACCCAGCCCACAACAGCUCUUCCAUUGCCUAUGAGCACUCUUACCCAGCUUCCUCUAGCCCAGCUGCCCCCGCCGCUUAUGGCUCUUACCCAGCUGCCUCCUCCCCAGCUGCUUAUGGCUCCUACCCAGCUGCGUCCAGCCCAGCUGCCGUCCACUCCAAGCCAGCCCACUACGGCGGAAACAACUACGGUGCCUACUCCGCCUCUACCAUGAGCACCGUCCCCGUCCAGGCCUACUCCACCCCCGCUGCCCACUACCCCGUUGGAAGCACCUCCUCUGCCCCCGUUGAGCACUACGGAUCCAGCGCCAGCUCCACUCCUUGCGAGAGCUCCACCGCCCCUGCUGCCUACAAGACCCAGCCUGCUGGAUACCCUGCUUCUUCCAGCCCAGCUGCCUACGAGCACUCCUACCCCGUAGUCUCCUCCCCUGCCGCCUACGGCUCUCACCCAGCUGCCUCUUCCCCAGCUGCUUACGGCUCGUACCCAGCUGCUUCUUCCCCAGCCGCUUACCAGCCUGCUCCCGCCGUCUCUUCUCCCGCCGCCUACGGUUCCUACCCAGCUGCUUCUUCCCCAGCUGCCUACCAACCCGCUUCCAGCCCAGCUGCCUACGGCUCGUACCCAGCCGCUUCCUCCUCAGCUGCCUACCAGCCUGCCCCAGCUGUCUCCACCCCGGUAGCUUACCAGCCCGCCGCUACCCCCACCCCGGCCGCCUACGAGAACACUCCUUCUAACAACGAGUACUCAUCUGGCUCCGGUGCUUACGGCAGCGGUGACAAGUCGUCUGAGAGCUACUCUAACUACGCUGCUUACUAA